GCUUGUGGGUGGGCUUCUUGCACCGUCGCGCCCCGCUUUGCCUUCCCAGCCCCGCCCUCCCAGCACGAUAGCUGUCUUUCUCACAGGGGGCAGGUCGUCAGGAGUUGCUUCCUGAUGCAGCGGGCCGCCUGCCUCGGCGCGGCAGUGGCCGUGGCCGGGCGCGGCGCGAGCGCCAGCGCCAGCGACUGCUGGGUGCGCGUCUGCGCCGCCGACGAGCUGCCCCUGCCCGGCGGCGUGCGCAGCUUCGAGGCCGGCGCGCCGCCGCAGCGGGUGGCGCUGGUGCGCAGCAAGGCCGGCGAGCUCUACGCCGCGCAGGACGCCCUGCCGCCGCUGGGGCAGCCGCUCUCCGGGCCGCACACGGUCGUGGACGGGCGCGUGUUGCGCGCCUCCUGCCAGACCUCGGCACGCACUUCAGCCUGUGCACCGGCGAGGUGCUGGGGCCGUGGUGCCCAGGCCCCGGCGCGCUGGUGCCGGGCCCCGGCCUCGGGCCGCUGCGCGCCGGGCUCCUGGCGCUCCUCGCCUGGCUCUGCCGGCGGCGCGGCAGGCCCGCGCGGCUGCGGGUGCUGCCCGUGCGCGUGCAGCAGGGCCACGUGGAGGUCGACCUCGCCGGCCAGGCACGGGGGCGCCCAGGCGGGGGCCUGCUCCCGGCGCCGCUGCGGCGCCUCCUGCUCGCCCGGGCUCCAGCGAGCCUCCCCGCUGGCAUGGACGUCGAGUUGCGGUGCAGCGAGGUGGUGGCGACCGGGCAGGGGACCCCCUGCGCCGAGGUCCAGAUCCUCGCGCUGGCCUGGCCCCACGGCCGGCGCCGGCGGCGCCGCUGGUGGCGCCGGCCGCCCGUGCAGGUCGGCAAGGCGUUCGUCCGCCUCCCGGCCCCCGGGCAGCAGCACCCGCAGAUGGCCGCGCUGGUGCGCCAGGCGCUGGGGCGCGAGGACCUGGCGGACGCCGACGUGCGCGUGGCCAUCUGGGUCGCCCAGUUCGUCGCGCCCGAGGCGCGGGGACUCGGCCUCGACGCGAGGCUCCUGGCCAAGAUCAUGGACGUGGCGCACGCGCGGGGCUACACCCACCUCCUCUUCGUGGUGGACGACCGCAGCCCGGGGCUCCACGACAUGCUGUUCGCCCACUACGCGUCGCAGGGCUGCGCCGCCGUCGCCGAGGACAACCCCCUCGGCCUGCGGAAGGCCAUGAUCCGGCCCGUGGAGACGCCGCGCGAGGGCGGCGGCGGCGACCUCGGGCGUGCCGCCCCGGCGCUGCCGCCAGCCGGCCGGGGCGCGGCUCCGGAGGCGGCGGCGACGCGGGGCGGCGUCGACCUGGCGGGCAACGCCUUCGCCCUGCCCCACGGCUACGUCGCCGUCCCGCUCCUCCUCGAGUUCACGCGCGAGGUGCUCCCCGCCCUGGACCGGCUCGGCCCCUGCGGGCUGCGGGAGCUUGCCGCCGCGCUCGGCGCCAACGCCGGCCCCCUGGCCGUGGUCCUCCGCACCGCCGAGAUCCUCGGCUUCGUCAGGCGAAGUCCCGACUCGGGCGCCCUCUCGGCCGUCCACACGCCCGAGCUGGCGGCGCUGUGCCAGGUCUUCGCCGCGGACUCUGGCGUGCCCGAGGCGCUGCGGCGGGUCUACGAGGGCGCGGCCCCGCCCUUCCGCAUGGCCUCGGCGGCGGCGUCGCUCUGCCUCCGGACCUGGGCGUCGCGGCGCCCCGAGUGGCACCAGAGGUGUGCGAGCCCAGACAUGCGCACGCUGCUCGACGGCGUCGUCCUGGCACCUUUGUUGACCUCCUUGGUCUACUUCCACCGCUGGGACGAGGUCGGGCUGGACCGCGGUCGGCGCAGCAUGGAGACCAUCGAGUGCGCCGGCCUCAGCGCCGAGGAUGAAGACGCGGCGACGCUGGACGCGGUGCUGCGCGAGGCCGGCGUCGGCGGGUGCAGCCCCGACGGCACGGUGCGCGCGUCGCCGCAGGGGGCGCUGGCGCUGCAGAGGGUCUACACCUUCUUCCCCGCCACGUCCUACUGCCCGCUGCUGGCGAGGCUGCACCACAUCCUCUUCGAGGACGCGGCCUGGGGUUUCGCCUCUCGGCAGCCCAGCGACGGGGACCAAGAGCAGCACGUCAACCGCACGCUGAACGUGGUGGGGAGUGGUGCUCAGCACAGGUCCUUCUUCCGGGACUUCGCGCAGCUCCUGGGCCCCGUCUUCUCGGGGCGGGAGCCCCGCAGGCAGCCCGCCUUCGUGGCGGACACGGGCUGCGGCGACGGGACGCUCCUCGCGCAGAUCUACGCCUACGUGCGGGACCACACCCCGCGCGGCCAGGCCACCUCGGCGAACCUGGCGGCCCUGGGCAUCCCGCACCUCGUGCUGCCUGGCGACAGCUGGCCCGUCGACAUCGGCCGGCCGGCCGACAUCUCCCGGGCGCUCGCGGAGGCGGGGGCGAGCGCCUCCCAGGUGCUCCACGUGCGGUCCUUCCUGGACCACGACCGCCCCUUCCUCCCCCCGGAGCGGGAGGUGGCGGGCGGCAGCGCACGGGAGGCCUUUGUGCGGCGGCAGUUCGCGGACGCGGUGCACCUGGACCAGCAGGGGGCGCCGCUGGGAGGCCCGGCCGUGUACCAGUCCCUCGUCGAGCACUUCGAGAGGUGGGGCGACGCGGUGGACGGCUCGCACGGCCUCUGCCUCCUCGAGGUGAUGAUCCUCGACGUGGCGUCCACCCAGAGGUGCUUCAGCGACAACGUCUCCUUCCACUUCGACGUCGAGGAGGCGCUGUCGCGCCAGUACCUGGUGCCGCCCGUGGCGUUCCACCUGGCGCUCGGCGAGGCCGGGCUCCUCACCGGGUCGACUACCGCGACCUGCGGACGUACCCGGAGGCGGGGGACUGCCUCCGCAUUCUCACCAGCACGUGGCCAGGCGGCCCGUGCGCGUGCGGCUGGCCGACGGGAGGACCUGCCGCAGCUGCUGCGCCUCGAGGGGGCCGCCGUCGCAGCGCCGCUGCGGGCCGACGGCGCCACGAUCGCGCGGCGCUUGGGCAGCCCCCACCAGGACUCAGGACGCCUUCGUGGUGGAGGCGUCGCCGGGCGGCAGGUUGCUCGCCGCUCUCUACACGGCGCGCCUCGCGGCCGAGGGCGACGCCCACGCCGAGGCGGACGAGGGGCUCCGCGACGGCCCGGUGAUGCAGAUCGUCGCCCUCAGUGCGGACCCGGAGGAGGGUCAGGGCAUCCCUCGAGGGAUUUCGUGCUGCAGCUGGCCCGGCUCGACUCGUCCGUGAGCAGUGUCGUGGGCAUCACGCGGUGCGAGGGCUGGCGCCGCUCGCAGCAGGUGAGCCUCGAGGAGUACGUGGCCCAGCACCGGGCGGGGGUGCUCUCGGACAGGAUCCUGGCUUUCCACACGCUGCGCGGCGCAGAGAUCCUGCGCCUGCUCCCGGGGGCGCGGCCCUGGGACGCGGACAACGAGGGCACAGGCGUGCUCAUCCGCUACGAGGCCACCGCGCAGGGCUGCCGACGUGCCCGCGGCGCGCAGGGCUUCGUGCCCGCCUCCGCGCGGCCCGACUGCACGCGCAGCCGUGGCGGGGGAGGACGAGGUGGCGCGCGUCAUCUGGGACACCCUCGCCGAGUCCGGCCUGGUGCCCGAAGGCGGCGGCCCGCCCGCGGACGACGACGGCUCCUUCGCCGCCCUCGGCCUGGACUCGCUGGACUUCGCCCGGCUCGGCACGCGGCUCUCCGAGCGCUUCGGCGUCGAGCUGCCCACCUCCGAGCUGCUCGAGCAGCCCUCCGUCUCUGGCCUCGCGGCGAGGGUGCGGCUGGAGCUGCAGUCCGCGACGUCGGGUGGCAAUCGCCUCGCGAGUCAAGCUUCGAGCGAAAAGUGUGA